AUGAAGUUGACGACGGGCUUUGCCGGACUCUUGUCCGUUGCACCCACUGUAUAUGCUCACUACAAGUGGCCGGCCAUGAUCAUCAAGGGACAGGUUACUGGGGACUAUCAGUACGUUCGAGAGAACACAAACAACAUCAAUCCCCUUUUAGACUUGAACUCGUUGGAUCUCCGAUGCAAUGAAGGUGGACUGGCGUCCGCCUCCAAGACUGGGACGGUCACUGUUUCAGCAGGAUCUAAGGUCGGCUUCACUCUGAGCAAUUCGAUUGGACAUAUUGGCCCGGUCCUGGUGUACAUGGCGAAGGCCCCCGGAGACCCGUCUCAGUGGGACGGCUCUGGCGAAGUCUGGUUCAAGAUCAAUGAAUGGGGCCCAGACUUUCCAGGCGGAUCAAUCCAAUGGCCACAGCUUGGUCUCAUGAGCUAUGAGUUCAACAUUCCGGCAGCAGUUCCAAGCGGCACGUACCUGGUAAGGAUUGAACAUAUUGGCGUACACAACGCCGCCAACUACGGAGGUGCGCAAUUCUUCGUAGCCUGCGGCCAGGUUGAAGUGGUGUCUGGUGGUUCGGGACAACCCGGACCAUUGGUCGCUUUCCCCGGAGCUUACAGCAAUGACGAUCCUGGUAUCUACUUCAAUAACUACUACCCCCCGCCCAAGUCGUACACUAUUCCCGGGCCACCCGUCUGGACCGGUUAA